GGAGGUUUUGCCAGGCCGGGGCGGCCAUGUGAGCGACGCCUGCAGCCUCCCCAGAGCUGCCCCGACUUGCAAAGAUGGGCAAGAAAAAUAAGAAGGAGAAGAAGGCAAAGGGGGCCGAGAAGACGGCCGCCAAGAUGGAGAAGAAAGUCUCCAAGAGGACCAAGAAAGAGGAGGAGGACCUGGAGGCGCUGAUCGCCCAGUUCCAGUCUCUGGAUGCCGCGAAGACGCAGGUGCUGGAGACCCCCUGCGCCCCUCCCUCCCCCAGGCUCAACGCCUCUUUUAACGCCCACCCUGAGAAAGACGAACUCAUCCUGUUUGGAGGUGAAUAUUUCAAUGGCCAAAAAACCCUCCUCUACAAUGAACUCUUCGUUUACAACAUCCGGAAGGACAGCUGGGCUAAAAUUGAUAUUCCGAAUCCUCCGCCUCGUCGCUGUGCUCACCAGGCCGUGGUUGUCGCUCAGGGUGGCGGGCAACUCUGGCUGUUCGGUGGGGAAUUUGCUUCUCCGGACGGGGAGCAGUUCUACCAUUACAAAGACCUCUGGGUCCUGCAUUUGGCCAGCAGGUCCUGGGAGCAAGUCAAAGCUUCAGGGGGGCCCUCUGGGCGGAGUGGACACCGGAUGGCCGUCAGCAAGCGGCAACUCAUAGUCUUUGGAGGCUUCCAUGAAAGCAGCCGAGACUACAUCUACUACAACGAUGCCCAUGCUUUCAACCUGGACACCUUUGCUUGGUCCAAGCUGGCUCCUUCUGGGAUCGCCCCAGCCCCGAGGUCAGGAUGCCAUCUGGCUUCAACACCUGAGGGCCACCUCGUGGUCUAUGGAGGCUACUCCAAGCAGCGAAUUAAGAAAGACGUCGACAAAGGGACCCUUCAUACGGAUAUGUUCCUCCUGAGUGCUGAGAGCUCGGAGAAAUGGACUUGGAGCAGGGUGAGUCCUUCUGGUGUGAAGCCAACACCCAGAUCGGGCUUCUCAGUGGCCAUGGGGCCCAGCAGCCGCUCUCUACUCUUUGGUGGGGUCCACGAUGAAGAAGAAGAGGAACGUCUAGAAGGAGACUUCUUCAACGAUAUUUACUUCUACGAUCUGGCAAAGAAUCGGUGGUUUCUGGGACAGUUAAAGGGGUCGAAGUCUGAGAAAAAGAGAAGGCGACGGGGCGCAGCGAAAGGGGAUCUCCGUCAGGCUGGUGGCGAAGGGGAUGAGGCGGAAGGGCAGCCUCCGCCCGGACCUGUGGAGAUGGUCAAGGAGGUGGUGGCAGAAGACGGCACCGUGAUGAUCGUCAAGCAGCUGAUCUCAGCUCCCCAAGGGAGGUCCACGGAGCAGCCACCAGAGUUGGAAGGAGAAGACGAUGAUGACGGGGGCAGUGAAGCCCCCAGCCCUCCAGUGGAGCCCUGCCCGCGUUCAAACGCCAUGCUGGCCGUGAAGCACGGGGUGCUCUACCUCUACGGGGGGAUGUUUGAGGUGGGGGACCGCCAGUUCACCCUCAGCGACCUCUACGCCCUCGACCUCCACAAAAUGGAAGAGUGGAAGGUCCUUGUGGAGAUGGACCCGAAAACUCAGGAAUGGCUUGAAGAAUCUGAGUCGGAUGAAGAUGUGGAAGGUGCUGAGGGAGGAGAGGAAGAGGAAGAGGAUGAAGAAGAGGACUCCGAUGAGGAGGGGAGUGGAGAGGACGACAAGGAAGAACACCCAACUGUGCAACAGGAUGAAAAAUUUGCCGACUAUCUUUCCAGGACAGAGCGGUACUGGGUAAAUCUGGCCCGCCAGAACCUGGGCCCUGAUGCCAAAGAGAAGAAGACGGUGAAGGUGGGGCAGGCCAUGGCCAAGGCGUUCUUUGAAGGUGCCACCUAGGCAAGGCUUACGAUGACUGGGGCCAAAAGGUUGUGCUUGGCCAAUCCUGUCCCUCACAAGGCAGGGCCUGACUUGAGAGUUGAUUGCAGAGAAAGUCUGUGUUGAAUAAGUUAACUUCGCUUAAGGAUUUGAGGAGAGCAAAAAAA